AUGGUGAAGUGGGCGGUCGAACUCCCCCAGUAUAGCCUCGAGUACCUCCCCCGCACAGCUAUCAAAGGUCAAGCCCUCGUUGACUUCAUCGUGGAGUGCACCAUCCCGGAGCGCCAGGAAGGACAGACUGAAGAAGGCGCAGGAGAGUGGGAAAUGUAUACCGAUGGCGCCUCAAGUAAAAAGGGUUGUGGCGGGGGCGUCGUGCUCAUCUCGCCGGAAGGAUUCAGGGCCUACCAAGCCCUUAGAUUCUGCUUCCCUCUCUCCAACAACGAAGCUGAAUAUGAGGCAUUGAUCGGGGGCCUGAGGUUGGCCCAGGCCCUGCAAGCACGCAACCUCAAGAUUCGGUCAGACUCACGACUGGUCGUGGGCCACGUCAACAAUCAGUUCGAAGCACGGGAAGACAGGAUGCGGCAAUACCGAGAUGUAGUCCAAAGACUAUUGGCAUCCGUAGAGCGGUGGGAACUAGCCCAAAUUCCGAGGACAGACAACGGCGAGGCAGACCUUCUGUCCCGUGUGGCUCAAGGUGUCGAAGACCACCUAAGUUAUGUGUCUAAGAUAGCCCGGACAAUCGACAUCGAUGCACCCAGCAUAGGUAAGGAUGAGGUCCUAGCUGUAAUACCAUCCCCGGAUGAAUGGAUGCAGGAGAUGAUCCGUUACAAGGAACAAAGUCUCGCGCCCCACGAACCCCAAAGAGCACGGAAAAUAGUGUCCAUGGCCCCGUCUUACCGGAUGGUGGAAGGAAGACUAUUCAAACUAUCCUUUGGAAGGCCCAUGCUCCGAUGCUUAACCAGAGCAGAAGCCGACAAAGUCAUAGCGGAAGUCCACGAAGGAGUGUGCGCCGCACACCAGGGCGCCCAAACCCUGGCCAGGAAAAUUAUCUUGCAAGGGUAUUACUGGCCCCGCAUUAGAUCCGAUUGCCAAGACUACGUGAGGAAGUGCCCUACAUGCCAGCAAUUCGCGAUUCUACCCGGCAAGCCCGCCUCUUAUUACACCCCGGUCACCUCAGCCAUCCCAUUCGCGCGCUGGGGCAUCGACUUGGCAGGUCCUUUUCCCAAAAGGGUGGGAGGCCUGAAGUUCUUGAUCGUGGCCAUAGACUAUUUCACCAAGUGGGUAGAAGCAGAACCCCUUGCUUCCAUCACAGGGACCCAGUGCCGAAAAUUUGUAUGGAAAAAUAUCUUCACGAGAUUUGGGUUACCCCAGCAAAUUGUGUCCGACAACGGCAAAUAG